GGUAUCUGCUGCCCCGGAGAGAGACGAGAGACGCACCGGGAGCCUCGUGGCAUAAACUCACCAUCAGAAAAUGACCGUGGAGAGAAUAUUCGACGAGCUCGGACAUUUUAAAAGAUUCCAGGCAUGUCUGUACUUUGCUGCAGUCUUCCAGGCUAUAGCAUGUGGGAUCCACUACCUGGCCUCUGUCUUCUUAGUGCAGACACCAAACUUUGUGUGCAGUGCACCCGGCAACAUCACGGAUGUCCUGUAUGGUAACUUUACAGGAUCUAGCCUGGAAGACAUCCUGCCAGUCUUCAUGCCAGGGAAGGGGCCGCUGGUGGUAAGGACAGCUGAAGGAGAUCAGUGGGAGCUCAGCAGGUGCCGCUGCGCCCUCCGCAUUGAACCCAAAUCCUUUACGUACGACUUUGAUGGAAACAAAACAGUGAAAGCCUGCAAUGGGAACUUUAUUUACGACCUCACAGAGGUUCAACAAAGCAUAGUGACGGACUGGGACUUGGUGUGUGAGAAGGAGUGGCUUGCCAAGCUGUGCCAGCCCACCUUCAUGCUGGGGGUCCUGAUCGGAGCGCUGGUGUUUGGGGACGUUGCAGACAGAGUUGGCCGUGUGAAGAUCCUGAUGUUUACCAGUCUCUGUCAAUUUUUGCUCGGGGUGUCUGUUGCGUUCUCAGGAAACUACUAUCUCUUUAUGGUGCUCCGCUUCCUCCUCGCCAUGGUGUCCAGUGGCUAUCUCGUGGUGGUGUUUGUCUACGUCACAGAGUUCACUGGCAUCAAGGUACGCACAUGGACCUCCAUGCAUGUGCACGCGGCCUUUGCUGUCGGCAUCAUGGUGGUGGCUCUGACCGGUUACCUGGUGCGGGUCUGGUGGAUCUACCAGAUCAUCCUCUCCACAUGCACCUCGCCCUUCCUGCUCCUCUGCUGGAAGUUCCCCGAAACGCCCUUUUACUUGAUUGCCAAGGGCCGUUACAAGGAGGCUCAGACCCUGCUGGAUAAGAUAGCCCACUUCAAUGGCCUUCAGUGCCGACUGAAAGUGCAGGAGCUCCUGAAGCCAGAGGAGAAGGAGGACGGCAGGGCUCUGCUGGAGGAGGCAGAGGAGCGGCCGUCACAGUCGGAUAAGAAGCUGUCUAUCCUGGAUCUGUUUGGUAGCUGGAGGAUGGCAGGCCGUACAUGCACUGUGUGGGCCAUCUGGUUCAUUGGCAGCCUGGGCUACUACGUCUUCUCUUUGGGCUCAGUCAACCUAGGAGGAAACCAGUACAUUAACCUCUUCCUGGCUGGUGCAGUGGAGCUCCCCUCCUAUCUGGUUGGCUGUUUUGCAAUGGACCGGAUUGGCAGGAAGAAGACUUGUGCCCCAGCUCUGCUCCUGGCCGGGAUCGCUUGUAUGCUCAUCAUUGUGGUACCUGCUGACAUCGAGGCACUAGCCAUCGCUCUUUGUAUGAUAGGAAAGUUUGCCAUUGCCAUUGCCUUUGGUCUGAUCUACCUGUACACCUGUGAACUUUACCCAACUAUCAUCAGGUCUCUGGCAGUGGGCAGUGGCAGUAUGAUGUGUCGUGUUGGUAGUGUGGUGGCUCCAUUCUGCGUGUACCUGGCUGAUGUCUGGACUUACCUACCUCAGCUUAUCGUGGGGAUCCUGGCAUUCAUUAUCGGAGUUCUGACAAUGUUGUUGCCUGAGACCCUGGGCAAACCUCUUACAACCACUUUGGAAGAGGCUGAAGCUCUGGGACGUGAGCCCAGCAAGAAGCACUCAGCCCUGGGCAGUAAAGAUGCUGAAGACGGCUUGGAGAUGAACCAGCAUGAAGUAAAGGAUUGAGUUGUACACUGCUGGAAAACCAGAGAGACUGAUGCACAGAGAAGCUUUCUGAAAAAAAGAAAAUGAAGGAAAAAGGAGAGGAGGUGAUGGAUGCACCUAAAAACUGAAAUAGUAACAUUGAUUUAGUGGAUUGAUGGAAAGAAAUGAAACAGCAUUGAGCUUUUAUUGGAACUUGUUUAAAUGACUUGUUUCUUUCAUGUGACCAACAGAUAAGGGGUCCUGGGACAUUACACAAACCCGUCUGCAUGCAUACAGAUGACAGUCAUGUGACAAUCAGUCACAGAUACAUUACAAUCACAGCUGUCCAUGAAUUCAGUGUCGAAGAAAAUCAUGUGCUAUUUGUGUGUGCAUGCGUGUGUGUGUGUGCAUGUAGGUGUGCGUGUGUGUGUUUGUGUGUGUGUGUGUGUGUGUGUGUGUGUGUGUGUGUGUGUGCAAGACUAAGGAAGGAUGAAGGAUGCUCAAGGAUAAUUUCAGUCAAUGCUAAUUUAAAAAAAAAAAAUCAUUUUAAAGAUGCUUUAUUGGCAUGACCAUUAUGAAGAAUAGUAUUGCCAAUGCACAUAGUACUAGGUGGUCUUAGUUUUGUAAUUGUACUCGUUAUUUCCAUUAGUUAUGACAACUUUGUAUUCACCAAGGUAAUUGCUGCAAUAUGAGAGUACUGUACUUAGACUUGUAGCUAGGGGGCAAGAAACAUUAGCAGUUCCAACAUCAGACAAAUUGUAAAUGAGCCAGUGAUUGCCAAAUUAUCCACACUGCUUUCAGUGUGUCAAAGUUAAACCAGAAAAUGUGAUGGAUGUUUACAGUGUUCAGUUUUGAUGAUUAAUUUAUUCUUUGCUUCUGUUUUCUCCUUCAGAUUAGCCCUUACAAAAAAGUCACUUGCUAAAUUUGCCUUUUCACAUGUGAAAAUCACAAUUUUGCAUGCGGCUAUUUUUGUAAUAUAACUAUCCAGUUUUGACUCAGAUCUCAGCAAUUAACUUUGUGAAUAUA